AUGUUGGCGCAAAGGUCAAAAAGGACGCCAACAAUUACGGAUAAAUCGGUUGACACGAGACGUCGUGACAAGACCGACAUUGUUCAAGUUAUUCAACGAACCCGUUCAACAACAUUUCCAACCAGCCCCAGUCGUGGAGGUCCGUCACCGACGGGACUCGAGCUCGGCUCGUGUGCGUGUGCGCGAAGCGGCAGUCUGGCCUCGACGGCCGAGUGGCCCGAGAGGGCAGAUGCC